AUGAAGACAACAACUAUCUUGUUCAGUGCACUCUCUUUAUUUUCUGUUAAAGUAAGCGCAGCUGAUAGUUCAAUUGAUUACUCUGCUCUCUCUGCUUCUAAAGCUUCUAAAGCAUCUCAUGCUGCUGCUGCAUCAUCUUAUUGGUCUGCUCACUCUACAGAUCCUUUUAUGAUUUCAAAACACUCUAGGUAUGAAUCAUACGCUAGUGCAGAAGCCGCUAGUGAAGCUUCUGCCGCAUCCGCUCACGCAGUUAGGGCAUCAUCAUACUGGUCUGCUCAUUCCACCGAUCCAUUUAUGAUUUCAAAGCAUUCCAAAUAUGAAUCAUGGGCCAGUGCAGAAUCCGUGAGUUCAAAGUCUGCACACGCCAGUAGAGCCUCAUCCUAUUGGGCCGCUCAUUCCACCGAUCCAUCUAUGAUUUCAAAGCAUUCCCAAUAUGAAUCCUGGGCAAGCGCCGAAUCUGCUAGCGAAGCAUCUGCUUCAAAGUCAGCUAAUGCAGCCGCAGCUGAUUUUGCGAACUCGAGUCUUCUUGGUGCUGUUGCUUUAGCUGUGUCCUUCCUUUUAUAA